AUGCAACGGACCCUCAUUCGAAUUCAUUCCGGUCGUUUGGCACCAUUUUGGAAUCUUGGGCUUACUUUCCUGAAAAAUGGGUAUUUGAAAAAGAUGUUCCGACUUUUGAUCGGCUUCGGGCACCAUUUCUUCGGCAUCCCGAGAACAGUCUUGCCGAGUGCGGAUAUAGAUAACCAAAAAUUCCUCGAUAGUGGAGAAUCUGCAAAGGCCUAG